ACGAUCAGAGGACAUGGCCCCUAACACAAAGCUCACCGGCACUCAGCUCAUUCACACAGAUGACGACCUCCACGGCCCGGAGGUAGCCCCCUCUAUCUCCGUCUCCACCACCUUUCGCGCCCCUGACCCCACCAAGGUCCCCGAUGCCUUUUCCAACGAGUUCGACCCAUGGGACCCAGAACGCCACGUCUACUCCCGCUACACCCAGGGCGUCACCGCCCGCGCCGAGCGUAUCCUCAGCAAGAUCAAUGACGGCUACGCCAUCACCUACGCCUCCGGCCUCUCUGCUUCUUACGCCGCCCUCGUCUUCUUCAACCCCAAGCGCGUCGCCAUCAGAGGCGGCUACUUCGGCUGCCACCAGACCAUCGACGUCUACAGGCGCAGCCGCCAGGGCGACCUCCCCCUCAUCGACAUCGACGACGACUUCCGCCCGGGCGACCUCUGCUGGCUCGAGACGCCCCUCAACCCCACCGGCGAGGCCCGCGACAUCAAGCACUACGCGGACAAGGUGCACAACGCCGGCGGCGCGCUGCUCGUCGACGCCACCUUCGGCCCGCCCCCGCUUCAGUACCCCUUCAAGUGGGGCGCGGACGUCGUCAUGCACAGCGGCACGAAGUACUUUGGCGGCCACUCGGACUUGCUCUGCGGCGUCCUCGUCGCGCCUACGCUCGAGAAGUGGAAGGAGCUCUGGCACAUCCGCACCUUCCUCGGUAACACGAUGGGCUCGCUCGAGUCGUGGCUGCUCCUCCGCUCCCUGCGCACGCUCCACCUCCGCGUCCCCCGCCAGUCCGAGAACGCGACCGGGCUCGCGCAGUGGCUUGCCAAAGCCGCCGGGGGCAAGGCGCACGACGGCAUCCCCGCGGGGGUCGUCGACAGGGUGACCCACUCGAGCCUGCAGGCCGUCGACGCGCGCGGGUUCGACCCGCGCACGCAGCUUGAGGGCGGGCACCCGCCGACGUUCGCGAUAUACCUCGCCACGGAGCGGUACGCGCUCCUCCUCCCGCACGCCGUCAAGUACUUCAUCCCGGCAACGAGCUUGGGCGGGGUCGAGUCCCUCAUAGAGCGGCGCGCCAACCUGGACAAGACCGCUGACCCGCGGCUCGUGCGCAUCAGCGUUGGGGUUGAAGACCUCGAGGACCUCAAGGACGACCUUCGCCGCGCGUUCCAAGAGCUCGCGAAGCCCGCGAAGGCGAGGCUGUGAAAACGUGUUCUGUGCGUGUCGUGCAUCCUGGGCGAGGGCAAGGACGAGUGCUCGGGUCGCGGUCGAUCGGGCGCGGCGUCUCUCCAUGGGAUGCGUGUAGAGCUUCAAGUUUGCGAAGCGACGAAGCGAAGGGGGGCAGUAGAAUCGAUGGGGCCUGUGCUCUUAGAGCCUCGGAAAGCGAUGUUCCCUCCGAUAGAUGUUGUACAAGGGUUCGAACCGUAUCGCCACACCUCCUUCCAUAACUGACGUGGGUUUGGCACCCAAAUAUCACGCGUCGCACUGCGUGGUGGAUGUUCACACUGG